UCCCUUUGCUAUUCUCAAAUACCCAAACCACAAUUAACAAAUGGCCUCCUUCUCUCCGCUCCUUUUCUUCAGCUUCUUCAUAGCUCUCUCUUCUGCUACUCCUUCCUCUAUUCUCACCGUCGUCAACAACUGCCCGUUCCCUCUCUGGCCCGCCAUCCAGCCCAACUCCGGCCACCUCCUCCUCGAAGGCGGAGGCUUCUUUCUCCCCUCCCUCUCCCACCGAUCCUUCCCCGCCCCCACGGCCCACUGGUCCGGUCGCUUGUGGGCGCGUACUCACUGCUACACCCACGACAACCACUUUUCCUGUGCCACCGGAGACUGUGGCACAGGAAAAGUGGAAUGCAAUGGCCGUGGUGGAGCUCCUCCCGCCACUCUGGCCCAGUUCUCGCUCCACCACGGCCAUAACGACCUCUCCUCUUACGCGGUCAGUCUCGUCGAUGGGUACAACGUACCCAUGACAGUUACACCCCACGAGGGGCACGGAGUCUGCCCCGUGGUGGGGUGUAAGCCCGAUCUCCUCCCCAAGUGCCCCGCGCCACUACAACUCAGAGCCUCCGCGGGGCACGUGAUCGGGUGCAAGAGCGCCUGCGAGGCGUUCAAUAAAGAUGAGUUCUGCUGCAGGAACCAUUAUAACAGCCCGCAUACAUGCAAGCCCACAAGCUACUCGGAGUAUUUCAAGAAGGAAUGCCCCUCCACGUUCACUUAUGCCCAUGAUAGUCCUUCGCUUAUGCAUGACUGCUCUUCUCCACGUGAGCUCAAAGUCAUCUUCUGUCACUAAAAUGUUGAUCCCUGCUAUCUAAUCAGGAUUAGUUUAGUCUAAUUAAGUUAGUUUCAAGCGGAUGUUUGUGUCUUGAUGUUUUAAUUAAUGGUGUAUGAACUCAUGAGUGUUGUUAUGUUUUUUUUUUUUUUUUUUCUGUCUUAUGGAUUGGGACCUGAUAAGAUAUUAUAAGAUCUUUUUAUGUA